AUGGUCAGCUAUCUGCACCUGGAUGACCCGGACGAGCGCCAGCCCACCGUCGGUCCGCAUUACGUCAAAGUAACCCCCGACCAGAAGCAUCUCCUCGUGACGGAUUACUUUGUGCAGACGGGUGAGAUCGGGCUGAUCAACACGCCGGCCGAUUUCAAGGCGUUGUACGUCGAUCCGAAUGAGGAUGGGAGUCUGAGCUCCAACAGGAGUAUUAACUUUAGCAAGGAGAUUGGGAUCGCGGUGGAGGUAAGCCGUAUUUGA